CUAGUUACAACAUUGUACGGAAUCGUAGAAGCACAUAACACGUUAAAGUGCAAUGAGCUUCUCCAGUGACGAGGUGAACUUUUUAGUUUACCGCUAUCUUCAAGAAUCGGGUUUUUCUCAUUCGGCGUAUACGUUCGGUAUCGAGUCGCACAUCUCACAGAGCAACAUCAAUGGAGCGCUGGUGCCUCCGGCCGCCUUGUUGAGUAUUCUGCAGAAGGGCCUCCAGUACACGGAAGCCGAGAUAAGCAUCGGAGAGGAUGGAAGUGAGCAGCGGUUGGUAGAGAGCCUAAGCCUCAUUGACGCCGUGAUGCCGGAAGUGGUUGCUAUCCGCCAGAACAUGCAGAAUCAACAAAAGCAAACGAUUAAAACAGAAGCUCCGGAAACGAAUGGCACUACGGAAGAACCUGCCCCUCCAGCGACCAGCACAACCACUACCUCCUCCACGACACCGGCUCCGGCCGAAACGAUGGAAGUGGAUCAGAGCAUCGAGAUACCGGCUUCCAAAGCCACUGUACUGCGUGGACACGAGAGUGAGGUGUUCAUUUGCGCCUGGAACCCGAGUACCGAUUUGCUGGCAAGUGGAUCGGGCGACAGCACUGCUCGCAUCUGGGAUAUGUCGGACAAUCCGGCCAAUCCGAACCAGCUCGUGCUACGGCAUUGCAUCCAGAAAGGUGGGACAGAGGUGCCCAGCAACAAGGACGUCACUUCGUUGGAUUGGAACUGUGACGGCACGCUGCUGGCCACCGGGUCGUACGAUGGCUAUGCUCGUAUCUGGCGCACGGAUGGGUUACUGGCCAGCACACUCGGUCAGCACAAGGGACCGAUUUUUGCACUCAAGUGGAACAAGCGUGGAAAUUACAUUCUUUCGGCGGGCGUCGAUAAAACCACCAUCAUCUGGGAUGCGGCGACUGGUCAGUGUACACAACAGUUUAGCUUCCACUCUGCACCGGCCCUCGACGUCGACUGGCAAUCGAAUCAAUCGUUUGCCAGCUGCAGCACCGAUCAGUGCAUCCACGUGUGCAAAUUAGGCGUAGACAAGCCGAUUAAGUCUUUUCAGGGACACACGAACGAAGUAAACGCGAUCAAGUGGGACCCGCAGGGUCAGCUGUUGGCAUCUUGCUCGGAUGAUAUGACACUGAAGAUCUGGUCCAUGAAGCAGGACACUUGUGUACACGAUCUGCAGGCGCAUUCAAAGGAAAUUUAUACCAUCAAAUGGUCCCCCACUGGUACGGGAACACAGAACCCGAACAUGAACCUGAUCUUGGCCAGUGCAUCGUUCGAUUCGACCGUUCGCCUGUGGGACGUAGAACGAGGCGUUUGCAUUCACACGCUGACAAAACACACGGAACCGGUUUACUCCGUCGCCUUUAGCCCGGACGGAAAGUUCCUCGCGUCUGGUAGCUUUGACAAAUGUGUCCACAUUUGGAGCACGCAAAGCGGUCAGCUGGUGCACAGCUACAAAGGUACGGGAGGAAUCUUCGAGGUGUGCUGGAACUCGCGCGGCAGCAAGGUUGGUGCUAGUGCCAGCGAUGGAAGUGUGUUUGUGCUGGAUUUACGGAAGUUAUGAGCAACCGUGGCAACUACGCCACCGGCAGCAUCAGGAGGAGGAGCACUGCAGUUGAUGACUGCUGCUGAGAAGAAGUCUUAAACAAUCACCACACUAAUACACACCCUACACAGAGCAAGGAUUCCAAAAGUGGAAUUAACGCUCUUCAUUAGCAGACAGGGACAAGAAUUGAUCACGACUAGGAAGGAC